UAUAUAGACAUCGGCCACGACCCGACCCGACUAGGGUUUUCGUGUUCCGAUUCCGAUUCGGAGAUAGUGGGGGAGGUGAAAAGGGGAAGAGAGGAAGAGGAAGAAUCGAUUCAGCUCCAUCCCUCGUCGUCGGCUCCACAGCGGAAGAUUCUUGGUUCCUCGCGAACGAUAGCCGCUCGAUCGCGCCGUGAACGAGGUCGAUCGCCUUCUUCUAGAUCUGGGUCGAUCUCCUCUUUCGUGCCCGAAUCGUGUUUCGUGUUCUUUUUGGGUGGGGGAGCGCGCGCCUCUCUGUGAGCCAUGGGGAGAGGAAAGUUCAAGGGCAAGCCCACGGGUCGCCGCCAGUUCUCGACCCCCGAUGAGCUCAUCGCGGGUACUUCCAGUCGUCCUCGCACAUUCAAACAGGAAGAAGCUGAGCGCGUAGAAUCUGAAGAAGAAUCAGAAGAAGAAUCAGGAGAAGAGUCUGGUGAAGAGACUGAAAAGCGGAAAGGGACUGAAAGUGUUAUUCAAAUUGAAAAUCCAAAUUUGGUGAAGGCAAAGAACUUGAAAGCUAAAGAUGCUGAUGCGAGCAAGACAACGGAACUUUCAAGGCGGGAAAGGGAGGAGAUAGAAAAGCAGAGAGCUCACGAACGAUACAUGAGGCUACAGGAACAAGGAAAAACAGAGCAAGCCAGGAAAGAUUUAGAGCGUUUAGCCCUUAUUCGGCAACAAAGAGCGGAAGCUGCCAAGAAGCGAGAAGAAGAGAAAGCCGCCAAAGAACUGAAGAAGGCAGAUGCUCGCAAAUGAUCCUUAGAGAGAGCGCACAGAGGAGCGUUCUCUUGCAAAACAACAAAAAGAAUAUGUGAAGAUUAAAGACAUCACUUUUCUAUUCUAGCAAUUGGUGCAAACAGUAUAUUUUAUCUUCCCAGUAUUACUACUGAAAGCAUGUGGUACUGUUCUCGAUUGGCCUUCGUAUGAGUAAAGGCGUUUCUGAUGACUAUUUAGAAAA